GCACAGUUGGUAGAGUCCAAUGUCCUCUGCUUGGUGAAUGAAGCACUGAAGGCCACGACUCGGUGUAAACACAAGGAACCAUGGUUAACUUUUUAUCAUUUGCCCGGGAACAUUGGGCGAACAUCUUGGUGCCCAUGGGCUUUGUGAUUGGAUGGUACCUUGACAAGCAACAGGACCAGAAGCUGACAGCUUUCAGGAACAAAAGUGCUUUGUACAGCAGGGAGUUGAAGCCUGGUGAGGAGUUGACCUGGAAGUAGACGACCCCUACCUGUCAAUGUCACCUUUCAUCUGUGGUGUGACUGAUGGUGGUCCUCAAAUCAGAAUAUUUAAAAAGACUCCUGUAUCUGUUUUUGUGUUGGGUCAACCAGUAAUCUUUAAUAUUUUGAGUUGUAUCAACCGAUAAUAAACAUGCCCUUUCUCAUCAAAA